AUGUUGGGGACGCCGACCGUAGUGAAGGUGAAUAUGAAGGUUUUGGCUAUCUUCUCGGUCGAUGUAAGAACUAUGGACUACUACAUGGACGCGCUACUCCGUCAAACCUGGGUGGAUCCUCGCCUAGCAUGGAAUACAACCGAGGCCUUUAGAAACUACACGCAGCCAUUGGUGGCCCCGAGACUGAAGGAAAUGCUCUGGCUACCUGAUCUUUUCUUCCGAAACGGUAAAGAUGGUUACCUGCACAAAAUGACCCUUCCAAAUUACCUUCUCCGGGUCUAUCCCCAUGGAGGUGUUCUCUACAGCCAAAAGAUUACAAUGAGAUUUGCCUGUCAGAUGGAUCUGCAAACCUUUCCUAUGGACACGCAAAGAUGUGAUAUCAAUAUCGGCAGUUACGGAUACACGUUGAGUGAGCUAAAAUUUGUUUGGCGUGAGACGGCCCCUGUAGAAUUACCAGACAAGCUGCAGAUUUCAGAGUUCAAUACGCCGAAAAACUUUACAACACUUGACUGUACCUCAAAGGCAAGCACCUCUACGGGCUCCUACACCUGCCUGCUAGCCAAAUUUACGCUCAAACGUCAACUGGGCUCCUAUCUUGUAACUACCUACAUUCCAAACAUCCUCAUCAUCAUGGUUUCCUUCUUAAGCUUCUGGGUCAACGUGGACGCGGCUCCAGCUCGCGUGCCUCUGGGUCUGCUAAGUCUCCUUGGUCUUCUUACUCAGGCCUCCUCCAUGACGACAAGCCUGCCAAGGGUUUCCUACAUCAAAGCCCUCGAUCUCUGGCUCAUAUUUUCCAUCAUCUUCGUCAUCUGCGUGCUGGUGGAGUAUGCAUUUGCGAUCACAAUGCUGCGACGAAAGCGGAAGGCCAUCUGGCGGAAGGAUGUGCGUCAGAUUGUUCGCGAGGAACUGGAGAAGAGGAAGAAAUCGGCGGCCGCAGCAACGGCGAAGAAGACUACCAAAAGCGGCCGUGCUCCUCCCGAGUCGGAGAUUGACAGUUACAGUCGCUUUAUGUUUCCACUUUGUUAUAUAAUGUACAAUAGUUGCUACUGGCUCUACUACCUGGUCAUUGUCAAACAGAAUGACGAACCUGAUUAA